AUGUCCCAGCACCUGCUCCUCUCACUUGUGAUCCUCGCCAUCAGUCCCAUCCCAGGAGCCUUACAGGACACAGCUGUCAGUCCUACCCAAGAGGAACUUGAAGAUCUGGACUGCGGGCGCCCUGAACCGUCUGCCCGCAUCGUGGGGGGCUCGGACGCGCCGCCGAGCACCUGGCCGUGGCAAGUGAGCCUGCAUCGGGGCGGGGGGCACAUCUGCGGGGGCUCCCUCAUCGCCCCCUCCUGGGUCCUCUCCGCUGCUCACUGUUUCGUGACGAAUGGGACCCUGGAACCCGCGGCCGAGUGGUCGGUGCUGCUGGGCGCGCACUCGCAGGACGGGAGCCCGGACGGUGCGCACGUGCGCGCGGUGGCCGCCAUCCUGGUGCCGGACAACUACAGCCGCGUGGAGCGGGGCGACGACCUGGCCCUGCUGCGCCUGGCCGCGCCCGCUAAGCUGGGCCCCGCCGUGCGGCCCGGCUGGCCCGUCUGCCUGCCGCGCGCCUCGCACCGCUUCGCUCACGGCACCGCUUGCUGGGCCACUGGCUGGGGCGACAUCCAGGAGGCGGACCCUCUGCCUCUUCCCUGGGUGCUACAGGAAGUGGAGUUAAUGCUGCUGGGAGAGGCUGCCUGCCAGUGUCUUUACAGCCGGCCUGGCCCCUUCAACCUCACUUUCCAACUAUUGCCAGGGAUGCUGUGUGCUGGCUACCCAGAGGGCCGCAGGGACACCUGCCAGGGUGAUUCUGGGGGGCCCCUGGUCUGCGAGGAAGGCGGCCGCUGGUUCCAGGCAGGAAUCACCAGCUUUGGCUUCGGCUGUGGACGGAGGAACCGCCCCGGAGUCUUCACUGCUGUGGCUCCCUAUGAGGCAUGGAUACAGGAACACGUGAAGGGUCCCGAGCCUGGGCCUGCCUUUCCCUCCCAGCCCCAGGAGUCCCACUCAGGGCUCCAAGAGCUCAGGGAGAACUGCACCAUUGCCCUGCCAGAAUGCGGGAAGGCCCUGCAGCCAGGGACCUGGCCCUGGGAGGCCCGGGUGAUGGUGCCAGGGUCCAGACCCUGCCAUGGGGCGCUGGUUUCUGAAAGCUGGGUCUUGGCACCUGCCAGCUGUUUUCUGGAUCCGAUCAGCUCCGACCGACCGCCCCGCGACCUGGAUGCCUGGCGCGUGCUGCUACCCUCGCGCCCGCGCGCGGAGCGGGUGGCGCUCCUGGUGCCACAUGAGAACGCCUCGUGGGAAGACGCCUCGGACCUGGCGCUGCUGCAGCUGCGUGCGCCCGUGAACCUGAGCGCGGCCCCGCGGCCCGUAUGCCUACCCCAUCCGGAACACUACUUUCUGCCCGGGAGCCGCUGCCGCCUGGCUCGCUGGGGCCGCGGGGUCUGCCCGGUCUACCUGGAGGAGGAGGAGGCGGGCCGCUGCUGGAAUGACUCGCGUUGGAGCCUUCUGUGCCAGGAGGAGGGGACCUGGUUCCUGGCUGGAGUCAGGGGCUUCUCCACUGGCUGUCUGCGUCCCCGAGCCUUCUCCCCUCUGCAGACCCAUGGCCCGUGGAUCAGCCAUGUGACUCGGGGAGCCUACCUGGAGGACCAGCUAGCUUGGGACUGGGGCCCUGAGGGGGAAGAGACUGAGACACAGACAUGUCCCCCCCACACAGAGCAUGGUGCCUGUGGCCUGCGGCCAGAGGCUGCUCAGAUGGGAGUCCUGUGGCCCUGGCUGGCAGAGGUGCAUGUGGCUGGUGGUCGAGUCUGCACUGGGAUCCUCGUGGCCCCGGGUUGGGUCCUGGCAGCCACUCACUGUGUCCUCAGGCUGGGUUCUACAACAGUGCCUUACAUUGAAGUGUAUCUGGGCCGGGCGGGGACCAGCCCCCUCCCACAGGGCCACCAGUUAUCCCGGUUGGUCAUCAGCAUCCGCCUGCCCCGACACCUGGGACUUAGUCCCCCCCUGGCCCUCCUGGAGCUGAGCUCACGGGUGGAGCCCUCCCCAUCAGCCCUGCCCAUCUGCCUCCACCCAGGGGGUGUCACCCUGGGGGCCAGCUGCUGGGUGCUGGGCUGGAAGAACCCCCAGGACCGAGUCCCCGUGGCUGCUGCUGUCACCAUCUUGACACCACGGCUCUGCCACUGCCUCUAUCAGGGCAUCCUGCCCCCUGGGACCCUCUGUGUCCUGUAUGCAGAGGGGCAGGAGGACAGGUGUGAGGUGACCUCAGCACCUCCCCUCCUGUGCCAGACUGAGGGAGGCUCCUGGGUCCUCACAGGCAUGGCUGUUCGAGGGAGCCGGGAGCUGUUUGCUGCCAUUGGUCCUGAAGAAGUCUGGAUCUCCCAAACAGUGGGGGAGGCCCACUUCCUGUCCCCCGGUGGCUCCCCCUACUGGCCCCCUGAAGGCAGCAACCUCUGCCACCCAGACAUAGCAGGGGCCUCGGGCUCCCCUCGGGCUGCUCUGUUCCUGCUGCUGCUCACUCCCCUGAUCCUGGGCUGAGAGGGCCUGGGUCCCUGGGCCACUUCCCCUUCUUCUCCCGCCCUCCACUUACCGCCCAGAGGGGCUGGAAUGUGGCCCAACCGGCUCGCUCCCAUGCCGGAGCCUCCAGAGGGCCUCACCCACCUAGACUGCAGCGGCUUCAGAUAAUUGGGCCUCAGUGCUGGCUAUUUUGGGCCUAGGAAUCCUUGGGGGUGGUGGGCGGAGCGGACAAUAAAGGUGUAAACACAGA